AUGGCAAAUAACAGAUCGGAUCGACCGCUCCUCGAGAUUAAGAAGUCAUACGCAGGUCAAAGUUCAAAAGAAGAAGAGGACCACAUCGAGAAUACAUCACAUUCUUCACAAUUCAACCGUAUGGGUCUGUCGGUCAUGACUGCUACAGCACUGAUCAGUGGAAAAAUUGCCGGCUUAGGGAUUCAGAUACUUCCUGGUGCCGUCGCAAGAACAGGUGCAUGGGGUCUGGUGGUGGCCAUUGUGGCUCUACUCCUGUCGGCGUUCUCGGGGACUUUACUCUCUAAGAGCUGGAUACUACUCCGUCAGAGGUACUCGAAAUACCGCACCGAAAUCCACCGCUAUCCUUACCCAGCCUUGGCCUACGAGGCAUAUGGAAUAUGGGGCAGAUCGCCCGACUCCUGA